AUGUCUCUCACCUUGCAAACCGCCAUCCAAGGCAACCCGGCCUCCACGGCCGUCAUCAUCCCCUCGCGACCGGAGCCUCUUACCGUGUCCUACGCUUCGUUAGUCUCCCAGGUCGGCGCCUUUCAGCAGAAGCUGGCCGAUCUCGGCAUCACCACCGCCUCCCCCGUGUCCAUCGCCCUCGUCAACUCAUGGGAAUUCAUCGUCUCUUUCCUGGCCGCAUCGUGGCAGCGCGGCAUUGCGGCUCCUCUCAAUCCGGCCUACAAGCAGGACGAGUUUGAGUUUUACAUCGACGACGUCAAGAGCGCCAUUGUCCUCGUCCCCAGGGGCGCCUGGGCCGCUGGCGCCCCCAGCGUUAAGGCUGCAAAGAAGUUCAAUGCUGCCGUCGCCGAAUGCUACUGGGAUGCCGCUAAAGGCGAGGUUGUUCUGGAUGUCAAGGACCUCGGUCGUCUCAAGGGGACUAAGGAGAAGCUGCUCACGGCCGAGCCGGAUGAUGUGGCCCUCAUUUUGCACACCAGCGGUACUACGUCGAGACCCAAAGUGGUUCCUCUCACACACCGUAACCUCACACGCACCAUGAGAAAUAUCCAAAACACCUACCAGCUUACCCCCCAGGACCGCACCAUGCUGGUGAUGCCCCUGUUCCACGUCCACGGUCUCGUCUGCGGGCUUCUCGCCCCCUUCCUCUCUGGAGGCUCCAUGGUAGUCCCCUCCAAGUUCUCCGCCUCGGACUUCUGGCGUGACUUCACCACCCACGGCGCCAACUGGUACACAGCCGUGCCUACCAUCCACCAGAUCCUCCUCAAGAACCCUCCCCCCAGCCCCAAGCCCGCCAUCCGCUUCAUCCGCUCCUGCUCCAGCCCCCUCUCCCCCACCGUCUUCCACCAGCUCGAGAAGACCUACGACGCGCCCGUCCUCGAGGCCUACGCCAUGACCGAGGCCGCCCACCAGAUGACCUCGAACCCCCUGCCCCCCGCCAAGCGCAAGCCCGGCAGCGUCGGCCUCGGCCAGGGCGUCGAGGUCCGCAUCCUCAACGAGGCGGGCGACGAGCUGCCCCAGGGCCAGGAGGGCGAGAUCAGCAUCCGCGGCGAGAACGUCACAAAGGGCUACCUCAACAACCCGUCCGCCAACGCCUCCUCCUACACCGCGAGCGGCUUCUUCCGCACCGGCGACCAGGGCAAGCUGGACGAGGACGGCUACGUGGUCAUCACCGGCCGCAUCAAGGAGCUCAUCAACAAGGGCGGCGAGAAGAUCAGCCCCAUCGAGCUCGACAACGUCCUCACGCGCCACCCCAAGGUCGGCGAGGCCGUCAGCUUCGCCAUCCCCGACGAGGUCUACGGGCAGGACAUUGGCGUCGCGGUCGUCCUCAAGCCUGGCGAGUCCCUCACCGCCGACGAGCUCAAGGCCUUCGUGGCAGAGAAAUCCGUCAAGUUCAAGGUCCCCAAGAAGGUCUACUUCACAAAGGUCAUGCCCAAGACGGCAACUGGUAAGAUUCAAAGACGUAUCGUCGCGGAGACGAUGGUGAAGCAGGACGCCCCCAAGGCCAAGCUAUAG